UUAUCUUCUUACUUUGUCCUCAUGCCAAAUCUCCUAUUACUUUCAGUCCUGUUAAACUUUCACUCUUUCCGAAAAGGCAGGGCAACAAGUCCCACUGAUCUCCAUGGCACCACAGACUCUGGAAAGGCUUUUUGACAAACUUGGCCACUUUGGAAGAUUCCAAGCUGCUGUGUAUUUUGUGGUCAAUUUCCAAACUAUAGCAUGUGGGAUCCACUAUUUGGCCUCAGUGUUCCUUGCUGUAACACCGCAGUUCAUAUGCAAGUUGCCUGGAAAUGUGACCACAAUCCUUGUUUCAAAUACUACAGCUGACCCUAGAGAUUUGUGGAACUUGUGGACUCCAGAUUCACGCAGUGUUAUCGCUCAGAUGGAAACUGGAGAGAUCUGGGAAGCUGAGAAGUGUAGUCGUUUCAGAAGAAUUGGAAGCUUCGAGUUAGUCAAUUACUUUAAAGGCAACAGGACACGUUAUCCCUGUUCUGAUGGUUAUAGCUAUGAUCAAAGCCAUGUUGAAAACAGCAUUGUGACUGAGUGGGACCUAGUCUGUGACAGGGAAUGGUUAGCAAAACUCACCCAGCCCAUUUUUAUGUUUGGAGUCCUACUGGGGGCUGUGGUGUUUGGGGAUAUCGCUGACAGGUUGGGACGACGCUAUAUACUGUGGUUCACAAGCACAGCUCAGUUUGUAUUUGGAGUUGCUGUUGCAUUCACCAAUGAUUAUUACAGCUUCAUUGUUGUCCGUUUCCUUCUAGCCCUGGUUUCUAGUGGCUACCUUGUGGUUGUUUUUGUCUAUGUGACAGAAUAUACUGGAUUGAAGGCCCGCAGUUGGGCAUCUAUGCAUGUCCAUGCUUACUUUGCUGUUGGCAUCAUGGUAGUUGCCUUGGUUGGAUUCCUGGUUCGAGCCUGGCGAUUCUACCAACUCGUUUUAUCGCUUGUGACAAUACCGUUUAUAUUUUGCUGCUGGCUAUUGCCGGAGACACCCUGGUGGCUUCUGGCUAAAGGACAGUUUGAAGAAGUCCAGAAACUGAUUGACGCAAUUGCUCGAUGGAACAAAGUAAAGAUCCCUUGUCAUGUCUCUGUAAUGCAGAUGAAUAGUCCGGAGGAUUCAACAGACAAAGAAAUUGCAGUAAAGAAGAGUGAGGUCAAAGAAGACAAAACCAGUAUCCUAGAUCUUUUCCGUACAUGGAAUUUGGCUAAGAGGACCAUCACAAUUUGGCUUGUGUGGUUCACUGGGAGUCUGGGCUAUUAUGUUAGCUCUUUGGGUUCUGUCAAUCUGGGUGGAAAUGAAUAUCUGAAUCUUUUUCUGGCAGGUGCAGUGGAAAUUCCUUCCUAUAUUGUUGCUUGUUUUGUAAUGGACAAAUUGGGAAGAAGGAAUACUUUGGCACCAUCCCUGUUCCUGACUGGUGUGGCAUGUUUUCUCAGCAUGGUGAUUCCCCAGGACAUUAAGGCCCUGUCAAUCGCUGUGAGCAUGAUUGGAAAGUUUGCAAUAGCUGUGGCAUUUGGAUUGAUAUACCUGUACACUGCUGAGCUGUACCCAACUAUAAUACGUUCGUUGGCUGUUGGUACUGGAAGUAUGAUGGCUCGGGUUGGAAGUACAGUGGCACCUUUUUGUGUUCUCCUCUCAUCAGUGUGGAUCUUUCUACCACAGCUGAUUGUUGGAAUCAUGUCCUUUCUGACUGGCUUGUUAACGUUGCUACUACCGGAAACUCUCGGGAGACCCCUAGCCCAGACCUUUGAGGAAGCUGCAAAAUUGCAAAAGAAAACAAAGCAAGACAAAACCAAAGAUGGCUCAUCCUAUGGACGAGAUGGCAAUGCUGCUGUGGGAAGGAUUGAGAAACGAGACUAUAUCAUCGAUGGUGUGGAGAAAUCAAAGGAAGAGCAGAGUCUGAUUGAACAUUUAACACGGUUAUAAAGCUCAUUUAUUGAUCACUAAGUCUUGAAAUAGGCGAGUGUUGUAGUACUGAUUAGGUAUUAAUAUCUUCAAUCUGUGAACUAACAAAAGUACACAAGUAGUUUGACGUCUAUUACAAACAAACAUAUAUACACACACACACAUACGUAAAGUACAAUCCAACAUUAUUUUUAGUAGUGUUUCCCUACUAUAGUUAAGUGGUCAAGAAGUAUUCCUAUUAGACAGUAAAACAACAACUUAUUAAUUAUAGUGCAUGCUGAUUUACAUAUAUGGGAAUUUAACUGCAAAAUGAAUAUUGACUGAUAACAGUCUAACUCGUAGCCUACAGUAGGCUGCAUUUUAUGUUCUUAUCAACUGUCUCUUCUGAAAAACUCUUUAAUUUUGAUCCAUUAGGACUUCAAAAGGAAUUACCGACAGGUAAUUGCUUGAAAUUUUCUAUAACAUUAAUUAGAACUGGAUGAUGAAAAACGUGCUGUUUUAGGGUGGGCAUUGUGAUGUGCAAGAAGUUAAGAUUAACUUUAUUCCAUUAGUUUCACAAACCAUGAUUAUAAAACGGCUUGUCUUGACUCAUGCUGACCAAAAAAACGUUUUUAUUUUAAGAGUUAAUUCAGUGAAUGUCACCAUAUCAGCUACAACCUGUAGAGGACAGUACUCUGGAGAGCUUAACAUUUGGAUGUGAUCCUCACAUAAGAUUUAGACUUUUAACUGCAAACUAAAAUUAACAGAUAUCCAACAAGGUCUUUUGUAUUUUUAUUGCCCGUGGUGUCAUGUUUUGUUCAGACUGACAUUUUCAUCAAAACUUAAACAUGUAUAUCAGAGUCAAAGCUUCCUCUGCCUUGAUUGGCUGAAUGGCUUCCUUCUGUACCAUAUGUUUUCCCCAUUUUCUGGUCAUCUGGUUCAUACACCAACUCCAGGCAAACGUUCUCCUUUAAUAUCACAGACCAUAUGGCCACCCCAUGAUUAUCUUUCUAAUUGACCUUCCUUCCCCAUGAGGAAGUGCUUGGCUCUCUGUUUAGCUCUGACCCAUUACAUUGUGCUUGAGAACAGGAACUGAGAGAAGCAAACAGAAUUGAAACUAUACUGUCACUCAUUAAUGAGAGAUCAUACAAUUAUUUUUAGCUCUUUACCAAUCAAAUUUGUGCCAGCAACAAAAAUAGAAAACUGUAGCAACAACAGUAAUACGACAGGAUUCAAAUAACCUUUAGGAAUCUGACUUUAAAACAUUUUAAAAUAUUUUCUUGUUUUUAUUUCUGCUUUUAAUAUUCUUAGGCCCUCUGUAGUCAGAAAGGCAAGAGAUUACAGACUGUAUGCUUCCAGGAUUAUGACAUAGCAAAUUGUUAGUAGGCCAGUAAAGGUAAACUUUGACUUGUGAAACCAUAAUAAUGUAUCAUACAUAUUAACAAUUAAUUAAUGCAAAGAGUGAAAGCCAUAUUCAUACAUGACAUUUACUCAGGUAAUGGGCACCAGUGAAUCUCAUGACACCCAUGCCUUGCUGGUAAGUUUCCUAAGCAUAAUGUUGUCCAACUGGCUACAAAACCAAAUGUAGAACUGCAGGGACUUGUUUGGGGCAGCCACUAGGAAGAAUCAUUUAUUUGUUAGAUCUGGAACACCAGUCUUGUUAGUUUUGUACUGUGGUUUGGCCAGGAAUCCUGCUUAAAGUACCAAGUGAUGCAACAAAAAUUCAAGAGCUCCUAAUGUGACUCUGACUGUUCAUUCAUCCUUAAUGUUGAAGUUGAAAAGUUUUGAGACAAUAUUGAGAGUCUAGCAUGGUAAAUGGUCCCCAGACCUACAGUACUACAUACUUGAACCCAGGGCUGUAUUGCAUAAUAGAUUGAGAACAAGUCAAUGCAGUGUUAUACAUUGAGAAGAGGGGUGGUGAUAGGAAUGAUUUGAAUUAUACAAUGCCACCUUGCUUAUAAAGUCGCUCAUAGUGAUGCUAUUUCAUUGUUCAAACCUCAAGGUACUCAUGGUUCACAAACAGACUGCAGACAGCACUUCAACAUUUGUCCACUGCUUUAUCAAUGUUGAUAGAAAUCAUGGUGCCCAAAUAUUUAAAUGGAUUAGUCUGAGGCUGGCAAGUAAAUAGAAGAGUACCAAUAUGCUGGUUUCUGGGCUAGUGUUGAUUUGAACUGAUGACAUUGCUGUACUCUUAGGAGAUAGAAGGUGCAUACAAACAAGGAACAAGAGUUGACCACUCGGCCCUUCGAGCCAGCUGUACCAUUCAUAGAGUCAUACAGCAUGAAACAGAUCC